AUGACGGGCCCGCAGCUCGGUCCUCGCCCCGCCUACCUCCGCCACAGCAACCCCAACCUCCGCGGCGGCAUCCCGCGCGAGAGCGUCUACGCCCUCAUCGAGCGCGAGGUGGAGCAGGAAGCCAAGCCGCCCCGUUAUACGAGCAUCUAUGCGGAACGGGUGAAGCAUGAGUUUGGCGGGAAGAAAAGCGCGGCUAGUAUGGGGCCUGCGGAGGUGCCGAGGCCGGAUCCGGAACGGUGGUUGAGGAAGGGGGAGAGGGAGAGGGGGUGGAAGAGUGUUGUGAAGGUGGAGCCAAAUCGCCCGGACUGGACAAAGCUGAAAGCACCGCUUCCGGACGCCCCGGGCAUCAUCCCUCGUCCGACGAAGAAGGAUUUCAUCAAAAUCAACGCAUUGGACCAAAUCAACUCCAGCGCAAAACAACCACCCCGCCCACCCCCCGCCUACCGCACCAAAAAGGACUACGGCCUCGUGCCCGCCUACCUCACCCCCAGCGACCCCAAACCGCACGCCCCACACGUCGAAAAAGUGCAGCACAUCCAAUCGCACCUCAAAAACACGCGGUUCCACCACCACCGCGUGCGUCUCGCGGACGAGCGCGAUAAUGAGAGCAGUGAAGGGCUUGUGCCGUUGCCGACGGAAGAGCGGGAGAAGAUCUUGGAGGGGUUGAAGGAGCAGUGGAAACGGUUGAAUGGGGAGUAUCAGAGGUUGAGCUUGACAGUGGAUACUGUGCCGAAGAUUGCAAGGAAAGUGAACAUGGAACAGCAACUCCGUCUCCUGGAGAGCAACAUCCAGAAGUUCACGCACCCAAAGAUUCUUGUUGCGUUCGACGACGUUUACGAGCCUGCGCUGCCAUCUUCGCAAACGGCGCUGCAUGCAUGA